GAACAAGGGGAUGGUUUUGGACGGACAUGCAGCGUUGUUCAUGUGGUACGAGUUAUCAAUAGAGAGGAUUUGUGCUGGUGCAUCAAACAACAUCAAGAGAUACUAUUAUUUGCCGACGAAUUAAUACCGCCGAUUCGCGCCCUUGCAUACACAACAGUAUCACUGACUAAAAUUUUAAUGAUUACUAGUGGGUUUUUCCUGAUUUCGGAUGAGAUACUGCCAGUCAAAAUUCAGUUCGGCAUUGUGGCGAUAUCCUUAACAUUUAACACAUUUUUAUACUCCUGGGCCGCGGAUCAUCUGGUGAAUAUU